AUGCCCCGAAGAAAGGACAUGAAUGUCAUGCUGGUGAUGGUGUCGGUAGGGAUUGCGACGGCUCUGGUCGCCCUUGCGAUCAAAGGCAGGACCGGAAGCAUUUUGGCAAGUAGGGGAAACCUCGACGAGCAGAUGAAGGUAUACAAGGAAGCUGAGCGUGCGAUAGAUCAUCAGCAGAAGGUUGCUUGGAAGGGCUUCAAGAGGGCUCGAGCCAGGGUGGCGCUGGAUGUUCGUGAUGCUCCGAACCGGCUUGCUGGGACACAAUCAUUCCCUCCCCCGUCGAGUCAAACCAGCGGCCAGGGCGGCUCCAAUCGUCUGGCAGGAUUUUCAGCCUCUGGCAAGGAUGCUAGCUCGGAUGACCUGGGGACAAGCUUGCUGCACCUGUCACAGGUGGAUGCGCAUGAGAUGUUUGCCCUUGUUCGUCCUGUGGCUGCAGAUUGUUGCUGUACAACGUCUCGAGGUCGCUUCCCGCUGACCGUGCUGCUCCAUGUCAAACAGCUGGACGACUCGAUUGGAAGCCAGCCCGUGAAGAAGAUCAAGAUCAAGAUCGACGAGCACAAGAAGCCCAAGGUUGUGCCCGUCAAGUUCAGCAAGGAGACUGUUAAUCUCUUCAAGACUCUGGAAGAGCAGGCGCAUACUGGUCUGCAGCAGCCCAGGAAAAACGGAAAACUGUAUGCCAAGGCUGAUUCAAUCAUGAGCAUCAAUACUCACCUGCCUCCGAGCAAAGCGUUUGUCGACCUAAAAAAACAGGUGGAGGAUAUUGGAUUCGAACAGGAUCGCUUUCACUACAACAAAUAA